CACUUCCUGUUUAGCAGCAUAAUUGUGGUCAAAUGCAAGGCCAGGUAUAAGGAUCAUGUGUUGCACAUAAUGCACAUAAUACAAUCAUUGUGCAUGCACUGUAGCUACUGCUAGCUCUAUCACAAGCAUAAACAUAUUCAGUUGUCAGCUGCAAAGUCUUCGUCUAACUUUGGUCUAACUACAUACGAUGCCACGUGGAAAGAGGACUAGAACUACCAGAUCCACAGCGACAAGCCGACGCUCUACUCGAGCUGCCACACGAAACAAUUCGACGGCAACUCCUCCUGGACAGGUAGUCCCAAUCACCGCUGGACAGCCUCCAGCACCACCAGCCCCACCACCUGCCCAAGCCGACUUCACGGCAUUUUUGCAAGUCAUACGCAAUGAAGUGCGGGCCGAACUAGAGGCCCAACGCAUGGCAGCAAGCUCCCUUCCCGUUUCAACCCAAUCCCAGGACCCACUGGAGCUGGCCAACUCUCUACCACAGCCACAGCAGCACCCCGCUCAGCAGCAGACACCGCUCACCACAGGACAACAGCGGCAACCGACCCGGCAACAACAAGUGAUGCCCAUUGCACAGACCGUGCAGCCUCCACAAUAUCAACCCACACAAGGGAUAGGGACUCUCAUCCCCACCACUCUCCAAGCAGCCCUUGGGGUCAUACCACCACCAGCGCUGUUAUCUUCGGUCCCGUUGACCCAAAACCAACUCAGCGCCCCAUCUACAUACCAAUCGCCACAGUCAUCCUAUGGAAGCGGACUGAUUCUCUCACCGGCAGAAGCGCCCGUCCCACAAAAAAUUGUCGACAAGAUUCGAUCUGGUCAAUUUGUGGAGAUGCGAGAAUUGCUGGCCGACAAUAUCUCCCUACUAGAACAGCUCCACAGCAUCCACGCUCCAGGCAACAUAUCAGCGGCAGGCCCAUCACGCCCCCGCAUGAGGGAUGUCCAUACAUUGCCAUUAUGGUUGUAUUGCUUCCUGACUUACACAGUAAUUCCCACCACAGAUCAGCCCACAAAAGAUAAGCUUGCCUAUGCCCGGCUGAUGAUCCUAGAGGCCUCUCGUCACGGACACCUCGGCUGGCUGGACUACGAUCGCUCUUUCCGGCAACAAGCUGCCGUGAAAUACAGACUCUAUAUUUUCAACUUCAUUCCUUACAUGCAGGAGGUGCUUGCUAGUAGAUUAUUAUUUUAUAAACUAUAUUCAACUUCAUUCACAAUCUUAUCAUGUGCAGGUGCCACUAUAGUGGACUUACCCCUACUCCAUGAAUGUAGAGAACAAUUAUUAUUAUAGUCAGUCUAAGAGAUAGAUAUGGAGUUCCUUUACCUACUAUUGUUAACUCUCUCUUCCCAUCUUAUGAUUGCUACUGCUAA